GUACCAAUCUCUAGAGUCAGUCAGGAUGCCGUAACCCACCUCAAAGCUGCAAACUAGAGCAAACCAAAACUGCAUUUGCUACGUACCAAUAAGCAAAGAAGUAAAUGUUUACAAUUUAUUAGAAGCACAUGUUCUUAUGUUUGUUUGGUUGGAUUUUUGCAUCAGAUGGGAGGAUUCAACUCUCCGUUAGCCCCAACUGUGACCGCUUUUCUAUCUCUCAUGGCUCAAAAGGAGAAGACACCCCGUCUAUUGCAGCUGUGGUUGCCACGAAGAACUGGCCCGAUAUCUUUCAUUAUGCCACACGAGCACAAACACAGCCGGCAACGAUGGAGAUGAUUGAGGGUCUCCAUAUUGAGGGAAAGGGCGGGAUGGUCAAGGAUUUGCUCCUCGAGUACCACAGAACAUGCCGGGGUCCCAUGUGCAAGCCCAAUCAAAUAAUUGUCUACAGGAAUCGCGUUAGUGAAUGCCAGUUUGCGGAAGUUCUGGAGAAAGAGGUUAUUGCGUUUAAAAGAGCGUGCAGAGACAUCGAACCCGAUUACAACCCAGGGAUCACUUUCAUCGUUGCUCAGAAGCGACACAACACACGUUUCUUUCCUCAGGGUCGUGAUACCUUGCGAAAUGGAAAUGUUAUGCCAGGCACUGUUGUGGACAAGGACAUCUGCCAUCCCCACAACUACGACUUUUUCCUGGUCAGCCAAGCUGGCCUCAUUGGUACAUCUCGUCCUACACACUACCACGUACUUGUGAAUGAGAACAAGCUUGGGCCUGAUGAUAUCCAGAGCUUAACGAACAAUCUGUGCUACACCGGCGCCAGCAGCUUAUGCCCAGGUUGUGGCACAGAGGUACAGGAAGCUGGUCGACACUUGGAAAGGAUCUGACACAAACUCUUCUGUGAAGAGUGGAGGAAAGGGCUCAAGCGCUCCAAAGCCAAUCCAGGCUCUUCUGGAACUGGAGUUGAACCCAGAGUAUUCGAUGUUUUUCUGCUGAAUUUUGCACUGCGAUGAACUUAGUGAAUGAGCUAGUUGUGAUUGUAAAUAAGCAGACUUUAAUCCAGACUCGUAGUUUAUAUAAGCGAGGAGUAUCGUUUUUUGGACUCCCACCAGAACUAAACAAGUUCAGUAUUAACAGAAACUGUACAAAGACGCUGCCUUCGAAUAAUAUCCUUCGUUAAAAGUGAAGGCAUUUUGGUCGCAA